AUGCGAACGGGACAACACAGUUUUGGUGGUAGUAUUGUCUCCUCAGGGGCGGUCAUUGCAGUGUCCGCCGCUCUUCACUUAUUUGCAACGCGGACUCUUCCAGCCGCUGUGGCUUGCUACGCUCCCGCAAUUUCAUGGGGAUUUACAUGUCUGUGCUUGCGGAAGGGAAUGAGCUACACUUACGUGCUGAUUUUUACGUUACAUUUCGUUCUUGCAUCCAUAUGUUACUGGAAAUUUGGCAGCUCAAAUGCCAUUUUAAAUCGUAGCCUUCUUUAUCCGUUGGCGGGAUCAACGAUGGCGUUGCUCUGUACCUCCCAGCUGCCUCGUGUACCGAAUUCUGGCAUGAUUGGGGUGGCACUUCUUCAGGGAUGGUCCACGCUUGGAGGGGUUCUGAUGUUUCUGAUAUUCCCAGCAACUGUUCUUAGCAGCAUUGAGCCGCAGGAUUUGCGUGAAAGCCGUUUGACAAAAUUUAUGCAUCAAACGGAUGGAAAAUAUGUGGAGUCACUCACCGUCCCGUCAAAGCAUGGCGUUAACUUGGACGUUUUAUUGGUUAAGAGAGAAGAGGAUGUAGAUCGUUGGAUAAUUUACUUUGGCGGAAAUGCAGAGAUGAUGGAAGACAGUGCGGGGGAUAUGUCCAGCCUCACGCAGAUAGUUGUGGCAAACUGGGUUUUCUACAAUCCUCGGGGGGUUGGGCGCAGCAGCGGAUAUGUAGCAGAGGUACGGGACCUUAUUGACGACGCAGUCACUGUUGUCCAGCACAUCUCUGCACGGUAUUUGAUUCCCCACAAGAAGCUUUUGCUUUGGGGACAUAGCAUUGGGGGAGGUAUUGCGGCAGCCGUGGCGCGGCGUGAAUGUAUGGAGUGCCCUCUUGUCUUGGAUCGAACCUUUUCACGUCUCUCCGAUGCGGCCGUUAAGUUUUCACCCCUUUGCCCAGCUCUGACAAGGCUUUUGAUUCGAAACACGAUUGGGGAUCUUGACGUGGUUGCGGAUUUUAAGGCAGCAGCAAAGAACAAGAAGUUGGUGAUUUAUCAUCGCAUGGAUGAAGUCAUCGCGUACGACGUCGCCUCGUUGGGUCGCAAGGAUGCUCUUAGUGAGAUGCAUGUGAAUGAAAGUAUGGUGGUGGAACUGCGUAGUACACGUGUGCAGUCGCCCCAUAACAGCCUUCUUUCGGCGUUUGAGGAAAGGAUGAAAUUGUGUCGCUGCGUUAACGCGCUGUUUUCCUGA